AUGCGUGUCACCGACUUCCGGUCGGUUGGUAAGGACGGACAUCCGUGGAGAUUGACAGCUCGGGGCGGGAUAGUUUAGCGGUGAAGACGGCGGGUGAGCAAAGCGACAACGUGAAGCUUGCAGAAGAUGUUUACUAAGAGAAUUAGUGACAACUGAGCUGCCAAGAUGUGUGCUGCCUGUCCACCCCAAUCUCCUGCAGUGGCCAAGACAGAAAUCAUGUUGGAUGGAGACUCGCCAUUGCUGGCUGCUACUUUUGCUUACUGGGACAAUAUUCUUGGUCCGAGAGUCAGACACAUUUGGGCGCCGAAAUGUGAGCAGUUGCUGCUGAGUGAUGGGGAAAUAACAUUUUUGGCCAACCACACUUUAAAUGGAGAGAUCCUGCGGAGUGCCAAAAGUGGUGCUAUCGAUGUGAAAUUUUUUGUACUCUCAGAGAAGGGAGUAAUCAUAAUCUCAUUGAUAUUUGAUGGUAACAUGAAUGGGGACCGCAGUACUUAUGCUCUGUCAGUGAUACUGCCUCAAACUGAACUGGGUUUCUACCUACCUCUGCACAGAUUAUGUGUAGAUCGACUAACACACAUCAUUAGAAAAGGACGCAUAUGGAUGUACAAGGGCCAGAGCAUUAUUUCUUUUUUAACUACAGAAAUCACACCCAUCAUGGAAUUAUUUUCAUCUAUGAAAACACACGGAGUCCCACAAGAAGUUCAAAUUAAGGAUACUGUUUUGAAUGAUGAUGACAUUGGUGACAGUUGCCACGAAGAUUUUCUGCAUAAGGCGAUUAGUUCCCAUCUGCAGACAUGUGGAUGUUCUGUGGUUGUCGGAAGCAAUCCAUUAAAAGUAAACAAGGAUUCUACUGGUAGUUUUGUGCUGCCUUAUCGUCAGAUUAUGUAUGCUCCAUACCCAACCACGCACAUUGAUGUUGAUGUUAACACAGUGAUGCAGAUGGCCCCAUGCCAUGAACAUAUAUAUAACCAGCAGAAUUAUAUGAGUAUGGAACUUGUCACACUUCAGAAGACUGCAUCAGAAGAUGUCGAAAUUCCUGAUACCUUAAUUCAUAUGGAUGAAGGUUUUACCCCUAAUCUGAAUAUUUUCCAGGAUGUGAUGAAUCGAGACACGUUAGUCAAGUCGUUUUUAGAUCAGAUAUUUCAGCUCAAGUCUGGUUUGUCCCUCAGGAACGUUUUCUUGGCACAAUUUCUUCUUGUACUUCACAGAAAAGCCCAGACAGUGAUAAAAUACAUAGAAGAUGAAACCCAGAGGGGUAAGAAGCCUUUCAAAUCCUUACGCAACCUGAAAGUUGACCUUGACCUUACAGUGGAAGGUGACUUGAGUAUUAUAAUGGCCAUGGCUGAGAAAUUGAAACCAGGCCUCCAUUCAUUUAUCUUCGGGAAAUCUUUCCAUACAAGCGUACAAGAACGCGAUGUACUAAUGUCACUUUAGAGAGAAAUUAUGUACAGAAAAAUUAUCUAAAUUGUAUUUUACAUUAAUGUGAAUAAUUUAUUUCUUGGAAAUGUUUAUUUGUUACUUGUUAAAAUCAAUGUCCUAUAACCAUAAAGGAUACAGAAGUUAUACUCCAUGCAAUGAUGUUUAAACAAGUUAGGAAAUAAAUGUAUUUGUUGCCUCAAGUUCACAGCAUUUAAUUUUGCUGGUAUAUUUGUUCACAGUCUAUUUUCACUCAAAACAUUGUUUCUGUAUUUGCUUAGCAUUUCUAAAUGAAUCUUACCUAUUACAUACUUUAAGAAUUUUUAUUGCAAAUUACUUAGUUACAAUAAUUCCAUCAAUACUCAAUUAUUAACGAUGUUUGCUUCAAUCAUAACAUACAAGACAUGCCACCACAUCCACAUCUAUGUAGCUUAGUGUUUUCUUUGCCAUGUAAUGAAUCUCAAAUUACUUGAGCCUGGUUUGCCAUUGAAUUGGAUUGUGCGAGACCUAUAUCUACUUUUACUUGAGGAUUCAGGAAUUACAACUAAGCCAAAUUUGCUCCAUUUCCCUCCUCUGCCCUGAACAAGGAGGCUCCAAACGUCCUUCAACAUUUCUAUUUAAAUUAAACUCACAAGUCAUCACUCUCACAAUAACACUGCUGUCCAACUAUUUUCAAAUAUGUUGCUACACGAAAAUAAUAUAUAUAUAUAUAAAUGCAAAUUGUUGUUAUAAUUGGGUUUUGUGGAUAUUGGUACUUAUUGUUUGCAUCUAAGAAAGCCAGCACAAAAAUCUGGUCAUCUCUAAAUCUUUUUUUAAGCAUGUUACAAGUCAGCUCAAAGGGAUCCCUAGUGAGAGUAGCUAUGAUGUAUUUCAGCUGGCUGGAUAUCAAAUUAUAAACAAUUUGGAGGUAGCAAAUAUAAAGAAAGAAAGCACAAUAUUUAGCUAAUGUUCAAAGCAUUUUCUUGGGCAUUGAGGUCAUUAAGGAACGAUAACUUCAGCAUUUAAUCUUUUAACUUUAUUAGUGUUCUAUGUGUGAGAGGCACAUUUUUAAGAUAACAUUUUGACACGAAUCCCUUAUGAUAAAUAGAGACUUUAUGUAUUUUUUGACAGGACUACUUCAUGAAUAUCUGAUUUUAUUUUUUACAUUUCAACUAUUUUCCCUUGAUUUCAAUGAACGAGGCAAAAGAUUCCCAAACUUGAAGAUCAGUUUCCGAGAUUGCAUAUUAUGAAAGAUUUGUUAUACAACUGCAUAAUCCAAUUUAGGAGUAUUGUUGAGAAUAAAUGUAUUUUAAAAAUAAAAUUCAAAAAUGUAAUGUUUUUACUUUAAAGAAUUUCAUUUUUGUUCUGUUAAAGGGGUUAUUCUCCACCAUUGUAUUUUUCUUCAACACAAUAUGCAAUAGAUGCUGGAACUUGGAUGACUGGGAACUAGUCAUACCUUGAAUGGAAUAUUCAUUUGAUUGCUGUUUGACUGCUUAGUGUUCCUGUGGUCCCCAAAUAAUUUAGUUGUCAGUAACAUUUGGUGAUGAUGGAAAGCCUGAGAGCUAGUCUGUGAAAAGUACACAAGGUAACGGCGCACUCCUUUUACAACACUCAAUUUUCCCUGAUAAUUCCUCCUAUAGACCAAAAAUAUGUUAAUCUCCACCUGGAAUAGAUCCACCUCACAGCUCACUGGGAUAGAGAAUUUAAAGGAAUCAAAAUUGGUUGAAAGAAGAAAUUAUCCCUCAUCUCUGUAAUAAACUGGUAACCCUGUAUACUGAAACGUACAUACCCUUAUUAAAUAUAUCCUGACUAGGGAAGCAUGCACCCUGCUAAUGUUCCCUGCCCUCCAGUCUGAUGUUUUAAUAAGAUCACCUCUUAUUCUUCUAAGACAACCAUUAAGAAAUGUCAGUGCUGGGAAGAACUGACAUCUAAGCAAAAAGAAGAGAAGAAAGAAGCUUCCAUCCCUUGCAAAUAAUAGACGAUGCAGACCCAGGUGGUCAGUCCCCAACACUCCCCUGCACCCACUGUGCUGGCCAGGAUGCAGACAUUGAAUCUCACAUCUUGGCAACGAGCAACCGCACUGUCUGUCCCAGUCCACCCAACACUAACCCUUUUUGGCAGCCUCUCCAUACCAAGGUGUGUGAUGAUUUAUUGCUGUGGGAGUUCUAGUGGUGCGCAGGCUUUUGCACCAGCUUCUGGCACAGCAGGAUGUCUUUUUAAACAGCAGAAGGGAAUCU